AUGUUUGUACAAGGACCUGGUAUUUGUGAAAGAUCUGAUAAUUCUGAUUAUGCAAGUGAUGAUGAUGAACUCAGUGGUGAUGUUAUUCAGAAAAGACGAGAAGAAUGUGAAAGAAAAGCCCGACGUGGAGAGAUGGAUCCACGUCUUGAAUUUGCAUUUCAAUUGUUGAUGGAUGGAACUGGUUUACCACGUCAUGAAGUGAUGGAUCAUGUAUUUGAAGGAGACAUGCUUGAUGAUAUUAAUCAGCUAUUUAUGCCUCACAUGAGAUCGACUCUUGUAUGGUACUAUCAAGCUGUUGAUGAUCCUGAACCACAACGUUCAACAGACAUGGGACAAACAAUAAAAGGAGGAACAACAACAAGAAUACCUCAAGGUAAUACAGUACCAAUUAAAGUUAAAGAACAAAAAGAACCAAGAGAACCACCAAAAAAGAAACUUUUUUUAACUGAUGGAUGGCAAGUUCCAUGUACUGGAGUUUGUAUUUACAUGUACAGAAUCAGCACGUCAAAACAACUUCCAGAAGAAGGCUUUCAAAGAGACUUAUUUACUGGUGUUAUAAAUACUGAAAAAGUUGGAAUAAUAACAACAAUACAAAGAAUUGUUGAACAAGUAUUUAUGGAUGCACUUGGACAUCCUGGUAUUGAAGAUGAAGAUGAUUGUCCAAUGAUUAAAAGUCUUCUUCUUCCUGGACUACGAUCAUUUUGUAGUGCUUUAAAAGUUUGUGAACUUGUUACACUUGAGGGAAAUAUAUUUGAUGAUGGUAAAAUAUUGAUGGAAGAAGUUACAAAUUUUGAUAAAGCAAAAUUAUAUUUAAUGAAAAAUGGAUCAUCAGAAAAAAUUGAAGAACGUGUUAAAAUAUGGAUUAAAAAACUUAAAGAUUUUAUACUUGAAAGUAAACAAGUACGUCGUGAAAAUGAUAAUUCUGGUCCUCAACAAGAAUUAGAAUAUUGGAAAAGAAGAGGAGCACAAUUUAGUCAAUUAGCAACAAAAUUACAAGAUCAUGAAGUUAAAAUGUCACUACUUUGUCUUCAAGUAUCAAGAUCAAAAUUAAUAAAAGAAUGGGUUGAUGCUGAGGAUGAAGUAACAUACUGUUAUAAUGAAGCAAAAGAUAAUGCAAAAUUUAUUCAGGCACUUGAAAAAUGUUGUCAUUGUCUUUAUCUUGAUGAUCCAGUUAAAAUGAGAGAUUCACUUGUUUCAUUAUUACAAACAGUUAGAUUAAUUUACAGUGUAUCAAGAUAUUAUAAUACAUCAGAAAGAACAUCAUCAUUAAUGGUUAAAAUAACAAAUCAAAUGAUUGUUGCAUGUAAAGAUUAUGUUACAAAUCGUGGAAGAGAAACAGUAUGGGAUUUAGAUAGAUCAGCAGCAAGAUCAAAAUUAAAACAUUGUCUACGUCUUAAUAAAGCAUACAGAGAAACUUAUAGACUUGUUAGAUGUUCACCAGCAAUUUCAGAACAAGAAUUUUCAUUUUCAGAAACUCAUGUAUUUGGAAGAUUUGAUUCAUUUUGUUCACGUAUUAAAAAAAUACUAAUUAUGUUUGAUUUAAUUGAUGAUUAUAAAAAAUUAUUUGAACGUAGAAUGGAAGGUUUAUUAUUAGGUGAAGCACUUGAUGAUGCAACAAAAUCAUUUGAAGAAGCUAAAAAAAUUGCAACAAGUAAAUCUUAUGAUUAUUUAGAUCCACGUAAUUGUGAUUUUGAUAAAGAUUAUGAUAUUUUUAUGAUGAAAACUGAUGUAUUAAAAGAAAAUAUUGGUGGAAUAAUUGAAAAAAAUUAUUCUGAUGUUUGGGAAACACCACAGGGUAUACGUUUUUUAACAAGAUUUGAAAAAGUUAGUGAAAAAAUACCACUAGCAAAAUUAGAUGAAAAAUAUCAUUUAGUUGUUAAAUAUUGUGAUAAAGAAGUUGAAAGAAUUUUAAAAUUAUUUAAAAAACAAAGAGAUGAUCCACCAUUACCAAGACACAUGCCACCAAUUGCUGGUCGUUUAACAUGGGCAAAUGCAUUGAAGGUACAUUUGGAUGAAUUAACAGCAUCUGUAUCAAAUCAUCCUGUUCUUCGUACUUUAUCAUUAACAGCUGAUUUAGUAAAAAGAUACAAUCAUGCAAUAUCUGUACUUCUUCAAUAUCAAGAUGACAUUGCUGAAAUAUGGACACAUCAAAAUUCUUGGGUAAUGGAAGAUUGUUUAAAAAAAACACUUCUAAUUAUUGAUCAAGAAACAAAUAAAGUUAAAGUUAAUCUUGAGAGUAGAAUAAUACUUUUAUUACGUGAAGCUGAUUGUUUAGCUAAAUUAAAAAUGGAUAUACCAAUUGUUGCAUUAACAAUAUUAGUUAAACGUGAUUAUUUUAUUAUUGUUCAUGAUUCAUUACAACUUGUUAUUGAAGAUUUUGUUACAACAGCAAGAAGAGUUAAACUUGAAGUUAGACCAUUAUUAUUACCACAUUUAGUUCGUGUUGCAUCACUUUUAAGUCCUGGUCUUAAUGUAUUAACAUGGACAAAACCAGGCUGGAAAGAUUUUUGUAAUUCAACAAGAGAAGAAAUAAAAUCAUUUGAUAUAUUAAUAACAAGAGUACAUGAUGUUUAUUCAAAUAGAAUACUUCAAGUUUUAGCAGCAAUGCAAAAAAUAACACUUCAUGCAUUGCCAGAUGAUGAGCCUUGGAGUAUUGAAGAAUUUAUGGAAAAAACAGAAGAAGCUUGUCGUUUAGCUGCAAUUGAUCUUCAUCGACGAAGUUUAAUGGUUGAAGAAGCUGUUGAAGAAGUACUACAAUUAGUUAAAAAUGCUGCUGAUAAUUUUCAAAAAAAUAGUGAAAAUGAUCAAUAUGAUUAUGGAAAUAGUGAAGAAUCAUUUGAUAAUACAAAAAAUGAUGAUGGUACACAACAAGCACAAGAUUGGACUGUUGUAUGGGCAUGUUUUGAUGAUCCUCAUCAAUUAUUAACAUCAACUGGUUUUGGUUUAUCUAAAAAUAUGCAAGAAAUGGUAAAAAAUGCUGUAUCAGAAAUGCGAAGAUAUUAUUCAAGAAAAGUUGUUGAUGUAUUGAUAAAAGUUACAAGAAGUUCAUUAGAUUCAAUAAGAAAAAGAUUUAUCAGAGAAUUAGAUACAGAUGCACCACCAAAACCAGUUUUUUUACUUCAAAUAUUAUUAAUGAUACCGUCAGUUGUUGUUAAACCAAGUCUUGAAGAAGUACAAGAAAUAUUAACUGCUGCAGGUAAAGCAAUUGCUGGUGUAUCACGUGGUGUAGCACAAUGGAGUGCUGCUGGAAAUAAAAGUACAUGGAGAGGUGCACCUUGGUCACAAAAAAAAAAUUUAAUGAAUGUUGUUAUGAGAGCACAAGUACAUGCUGAUAGACGACGUGAUGAUGAACCAGAAGAUCCAAAAAUAAAAAGAAGAAAAUUGUAUAAAAUUGUAUCAGAAGAACGUCCAAUAUUUCCUGUACAACAAAGAAAUUUUCAUACACUUGUUAUGGAAAAUAAAGAAGUUAAUAAAGUACUAUCAAUGUUGAGUUCUUGUACACAAGAACUUCGUCAAGAUCUUGUUGAUUUUCUUGAACAAUGGAAACCAUAUAAAUAUUUAUGGAAAAAUGAAAAAAGUUUAAGAGAAUUACUUGCUGUUUCACUUCCUGAUUUUGAAAAUACAUUAAGAAAACAUAAUGAACUUGAAGAAAAACUUUCAACUGAAUAUGAUUUAUCAUAUUUAUCAACAGCAAUUGCAUUAUCAACUGAAAAAUUAAAAUAUGGUCUUUCAACUGAAAUUAAAAAUGCAACUUAUAAAGUUGGUCAAGCAAUGAAAAAAAAAUAUCGUCGUGAAAUGGAUUAUGUUUAUGCUGUUAUUAAUGAAAUGGAUAGAAAAUUAGAUCGUCAAAUACGUGAUUUAGAUGAUGUACGUUUAAUAAUGGAUACAUUAAAAAAAAUACGUGAACAAGAAGUUGAUAUGGAGCUUAAAAUUGAUCCAAUUGAAGAAGCAUUUAAUAUUGUAACACGUUAUGAAGUACCAGUUGAUCAAGAGUGUCUUGAACAAGUUGAUAAUUUACGUUAUACAUGGCAACAAUUACUUGUACGUGCUCAUGAUAGUCAUGUAUUAUUAUUAUCACUUCAGCCACAAUUUGAAGCUGAAUUAAAAAAUAAUUUAGAUAAAUUUAGAAUUGAUAAUGAGGCAUAUUGUGAAGAGUAUAAAUUAUCUGGUCCAAUGCAAACUGGUUUAACACCAAGAGAAGCAUCAGAUAGACAAAUAUUAUUUCAAAAUAGAUUUGAUGGUAUGUGGCGUAAAUUACAAACAUAUCAAAGUGGUGAAGAAUUAUUUGGUUUACCAACAACAGAUUAUCCUGAACUUUCACAAAUACGUAAAGAACUUAAUUUAUUACAAAAAUUAUAUAAACUAUAUAAUGAUGUUAUUGAUCGUGUUAGUAGUUAUUAUGAUAUACCUUGGGGUGAAGUAAAUAUUGAAGAAAUAAAUAAUGAACUAAUGGAAUUUCAAAAUAGAUGUAGAAAAUUACCAAAAGGUUUAAAAGAAUGGCCAGCAUUUUUUGCAUUAAAAAAAACAAUUGAUGAUUUUAAUGAUAUGUGUCCACUUCUUGAAUUAAUGGCAAAUAAAGCUAUGAAACAACGUCAUUGGCAAAGAAUUGUUGAAGUAACAAGUCAUACAUUUGAUCUUGAAAGUGAAGGUUUUUGUUUAAAAAAUAUAUUAGAAGCACCAUUAUUAAAAUAUAAAGAAGAUAUUGAAGAUAUUUGUAUAUCUGCAAUGAAAGAAAAAGAUAUUGAAGCAAAAUUAAGACAAGUUGUUAAUGAAUGGUCUGCACAUGAGCUAACAUUUAUGACAUUUAAUAAUAGAGGUGAAUUAUUAUUACGUGGUGAUACAACUGCUGAAACAAUUGGUCAACUUGAAGAUAGUUUAAUGAUAUUAGGAUCACUUAUGUCAAAUAGAUAUAAUGCACCAUUUAAAAAACAAAUUCAACAAUGGCUAACUGAUUUAUCAAAUACAAAUGAAAUACUUGAAAGAUGGUUACUCGUUCAAAAUAUGUGGGUUUAUCUUGAGGCUGUAUUUGUUGGUGGUGAUAUUGCUAAACAAUUACCAAAAGAAGCUAAACGUUUUAGUAAAAUUGAUAAAAGUUGGCAAAAAAUUAUGCAACGUGCUCAUGAAACACCUGGUGUUGUACCAUGUUGUGUUGGUGAUGAUUUACUUAAACAAUUAUUGCCUCAUUUACAAGAACAAUUGGAACUUUGUCAAAAAUCAUUGAGUGGUUAUCUUGAAAAAAAACGUAUGAUGUUUCCAAGAUUUUUUUUUGUUUCUGAUCCAGCAUUAUUAGAAAUUCUUGGACAAGCAUCUGAUUCUCAUACAAUACAAAAUCAUUUAUUAUCAAUUUUUGAUAAUACAAGAUUUGUUAAAUUUCAUGAUAUUGAAUAUAAUAAAAUGACAGCAAUAAUAUCAUCUGAAGGUGAAACAAUUGUUCUUGAACGUGCAGUAAGAGCUGAAGGAUCUGUUGAAACUUGGCUUAUGCAAUUACUAUUAACAUCACAACAAUCACUUCAUUCAAUAAUACGUCAAGCAAAUACACUUAUGAAUGAUCAAAAUUUUAAUUUAUUAUCAUUUCUUGAUAAAAUGCCAGCACAAGUUGGUAUACUUGGAAUUCAAAUGAUAUGGACAAGAGAUGCUGAAUUGGCAUUAAUACAAGCAAGAGCUGAUAAAAAAAUAAUGGGUGAAACAAAUAAUAGAUUUCUUGAACUUUUAAAUACUCUUAUUGAUCAAACAACAAGAGAUUUAACAAAAAUUGAUAGAACAAAAUUUGAAACAUUAAUUACAAUACAUGUACAUCAACGUGAUAUAUUUGAUUCAAUGUGUCGUUUAAAUGUUAAAACAGUAUCAGAUUUUGAAUGGUUAAAACAGUGUAGAUUUUAUUUUAAAGAAGAUUUAGAUAAAACAAAUAUAUUUAUAACUGAUGUACAAUUUAUUUAUCAAAAUGAAUAUUUAGGUUGUACUGAAAGAUUAGUUAUAACACCAUUAACUGAUAGAUGUUAUAUAACACUUGCACAAGCACUAUUAAUGUCAAUGGGUGGUUCACCAUGUGGUCCAGCUGGUACUGGUAAAACAGAAACAGUUAAAGAUAUGGGUAAAACACUUGCAAAAUAUGUUGUUGUAUUUAAUUGUUCUGAUCAAAUGGAUUAUCGUGGUCUUGGUAGAAUAUAUAAAGGUUUAGCACAAAGUGGCUCUUGGGGAUGUUUUGAUGAAUUUAAUCGUAUUGAAUUACCAGUAUUAUCAGUUGCUGCACAACAAAUUGCUGUUGUUCUUGCUGCUAGAAAAGAAAAAAAAAAACAAUUUAUAUUUACUGAUGGUGAUCAAAUUGAAAUGUGUCCUGAACUUGGUAUAUUUAUAACAAUGAAUCCUGGUUAUGCUGGAAGAAAAGAAUUACCAGAAAAUUUAAAAAUACAAUUUCGUACUGUUGCAAUGAUGGUACCAGAUCGUCAAAUAAUUAUUAGAGUUAAAUUAGCAAGUUGUGGAUUUUUAGAAAAUAUAACACUUGCUAGAAAAUUUUAUACAUUAUAUAAAUUAUGUGAAGAACAAUUAACAAAACAAGUACAUUAUGAUUUUGGUUUAAGAAAUAUACUUUCAGUAUUACGUACACUUGGUGCUGCUAAAAGAGUUAAUUCAAAAGAUACUGAAAGUACAAUUGUCAUGCGUGUAUUAAGAGAUAUGAAUUUAUCAAAAUUAAUUGAUGAAGAUGAGCCAUUAUUUAUAUCACUUGUUGCUGAUUUAUUUCCAAAUCAAGUAUUAGAAAAAACAUCAUACAUUGAACUUGAAACAGCAAUUGAUCAACAAGUACAAGAAGAAGGUUUAGUAUAUCAUCCACCAUGGGUAUUAAAACUAAUACAAUUAUAUGAAACACAACGUGUUAGACAUGGUAUUAUGACUUUGGGACCAACUGGAGCUGGUAAAACAACAUGUAUUCAUGUAUUAAUGAAAGCACUAACACAAAUGGGUGAAUAUCAUCGUGAAAUGCGAAUGAAUCCAAAAAGUAUAACAGCAGCACAAAUGUUUGGACGUCUUGAUGUUGCAACAAAUGACUGGACAGAUGGUAUAUUUUCAGCUUUAUGGAGAAAAACAUUAAAAAUAAAAAAAGAUGAACAUGUAUGGCUUGUACUUGAUGGUCCAGUUGAUAGUAUAUGGAUUGAAAAUUUAAAUUCUGUACUUGAUGAUAAUAAAACAUUGACAUUAGCUAAUGGUGAUAGAUUAUCAAUGGCACCAACAUGUAAAAUUAUAUUUGAACCACAUAAUAUUGAUAAUGCAAGUCCAGCAACUGUAUCAAGAAAUGGAAUGGUAUAUAUGUCAUCAUCUGGUCUUGAUUGGAAACCAGUUGUAACUGCUUGGCUUAAAACACGUACACAACUUGAACAACAAGUAUUUGAUAAAUUAUUUGAUGAUUCAUUUGCACAAAUUUAUUCUUGGUCAACACAAACACUUGUAUUAUCAAUACAAGUAUUACAAUGUAAUAUUAUACGACAAAUGCUUUGUUUACUUGAAGGUUUAAUACCACUUGAAGUACCAAUUGAUAAUGAAGAAGAUGAUGAUGAUUUUGAUAAAGAUAAACCACAACAACAACCAAUGACUAUUGAACAUUUAACAAAAUUUUAUAUAUUUUCAUUAAUUUGGGGAAUUGGAGCAUUACUUGAAACAUCAGAUCGUAUUAAAUAUCAUAAUUAUUUAAAAGAAAAUUUUUCAAAUUUAGAUCUUCCAACAUCUGAUAGAUAUCCAAAUGCAAUAUUAUUUGAUUUUUUUGUUAAUGAAAAAGGUAAAUGGGAUACAUGGUCAACACUUGUUACAAAUUAUAAUUAUCCUGAUUAUUCAUCACCUGAUUAUAAUAAUAUUCUUGUUCCAAUUGCUGAUAAUGUAAGAAUACAAUAUUUAAUUGAUUUAAUUGGUAGACAAGAUAGAUCAGUAUUAUUAAUUGGAGAACAAGGCUCAGCUAAAACAGUCAUGAUGAAAUCAUAUAUGAAAGGUACAAAUGCUGAUACAACACUUGGUAGAUCAUUUAAUUUUAGUUCAGCAACAACACCAUAUCAAUUUCAAAAAACAAUUGAAAGUUAUGUUGAAAAACGUAUGGGUAAUACAUUUGGUCCACCAGGUGGUAAAAAAAUGUUAAUAUUUAUUGAUGAUAUUAAUUUACCACAAAUUAAUGAAUGGGGUGAUCAAAUAACAAAUGAAAUUGUACGACAAACAAUGGAUAUGAAAGGUUUUUAUUCAUUAGAAAAACCUGGUGAUUUUACUGUUAUUAGUGAUGUUACAUUUUUAGGAGCAAUGGGUCAACCUGGUGGAGGAAGAAAUGACAUACCAUCAAGAUUAAAAAGACAAUUUUGUAUAUUUAAUUGUACAUUACCAAAUGAUACAUCAAUUGAUAAAAUAUUUAGUGUACUUGGUGAAGGUCAUUAUAAUUCAAAACGUGGAUUUUCAACAGAAAUAAGAAUGUUAAUUAAAAAAUUAGUUCCAUUAACAAGAUAUUUAUGGCAAAAAACACGUGCUAAAUUAUUACCAACACCAGCAAAAUUUCAUUAUGUAUUUAGUUUACGUGAUUUAUCAAGAAUUUGGCAAGGAAUGAUUGGCACAUUGUCAACUGUUAUUGAAAAAGAAAGUUUUUUAAUGCUUCUUUGGAAACAUGAAUGUACAAGAGUAUUUAGUGAUAGAUUUACAAUACAAACAGAUAAAGAUUGGUUUGAACAAGAAGUUAUUAAUGUUGUUAUUGAAAAAUUAGGUGAAUCUUAUGUUGAUAUGAUGAAAAAAACACCAGCAUUUGUUGAUUUUAUGCGUGAUGCACCAGAGCCAACUGGUGAAGAAGGUGAAGAUGCUGAUAUGGAAUUACCAAAAGUUUAUGAGCCAGUAUUUGAUGAUCAAACAUUACGUGAUCGUCUUGAAAUGUUUUUAGCACAAUUUAAUGAAAUGCAACGUGGAGCUGGAAUGGAUCUUGUUUUUUUUCCUGAUGCAAUGUUACAUUUAGUUAAAAUAUCACGUGUUAUACGACAUCCAAGAGGUAAUGUUAUGCUUGUUGGUGUUGGUGGUUCUGGUAAACAGAGUCUUACUAAAUUAUCAUCAUUUAUUGCUGGUUAUAAAACAUUUCAAAUAACAUUAACACGUUCUUAUAAUGUUGCUAAUUUUCUUGAAGAUUUAAAAUUUUUAUAUCGUACAUGUGGUGGUCAGGGAAAAGGUACAACAUUUAUAUUUACUGAUUUAGAUAUUAAAGAAGAAGGUUUUCUUGAGUAUCUUAAUAAUAUUUUAAGUUCUGGUGUUAUUAGUAAUUUAUUUACAAGAGAUGAACAAGCUGAAAUAAUAUCUGAAUUAACACCAAUUAUGAAACGUGAAAAUCCUAAAAAAACAUUAAAUAAUGAACUUGUUAUGGAAUAUUUUUUACAAAGAACAUGUCAAAAUCUUCAUGUUGUAUUUUGUUUUUCACCAGUUGGUGAAAAAUUUCGUAAUAGAGCACAAAGAUUUCCAGCAUUAAUAUCAGGUUGUACAAUUGAUUGGUUUCAACCAUGGCCACGUGAUGCUCUUGUUCUUGUUGCUGAUCAUUUUCUUCAUGAUUUUGAAAUAGCAUGUUCAAUUGAAGUUAAAUCACAUCUUGUUAAUGCACUUGGUUCAAUUCAAGAUGUUGUAUCAGAAACAUCAAGUGAAUAUUUUCAAAGAUUUAGAAGAGCAACUCAUGUUACACCAAAAUCAUAUCUUAAUUUUAUUGGUGGUUAUAAAAAUAUUUAUCGUUCAAAACAACAUGAACUUGGUGAAGGUGCACGUCGUAUGGAUACUGGUUUAGCUAAAUUAGAAGAAGCAUCAAUAUCUGUUGAAUUAUUAAAACGUGAUUUAGCUGUUAUGGAACAAGAAUUAGUACAAGCAUCUGAAAAAGCUGAAACUGUUUUAAGAGAAGUUACUGAACGUGCAACACAAGCAGAAUCAUUUAAAAAUCAAGUACAAAAAGUUAAAGAAAAAGCUGAAGCAUUAGUUGCAUGUAUUGCUGAAGAAAAAGCACUUGCUGAAGAAAAAUUAGAAGCAGCUAAACCAGCACUUGAAGAAGCUGAAGCAGCAUUAAAUACAAUAAAACAAGCACAUAUUGCAACAGUUAGAAAAUUAGGUAGACCACCACAUUUAAUAAUGCGUAUAAUGGAUUGUGUUUUAAUAUUAUUUCAACGUAAAAUUGGUUCAGUUAUUGCUGAUGCAACAGCACCAUGUCCAAAACCAUCAUGGGCUGAAUCAUUAAAAAUGAUGGCUAGUACAACAUUUUUACUACAACUACAAAAUUAUCCAAAAGAUAUUAUUAAUAAUGAAAUGAUUGAAUUAUUAGAGCCAUAUUUUAAAAUGGAAGAUUAUAAUAUGGAAACAGCAAGAAGAGUUUGUGGUGAUGUUGCUGGUCUUUUAUCAUGGACAAAAGCAAUGGCAUUUUUUCAUUCAGUUAAUAGAGAAGUACUUCCUUUAAAAGCAAAUUUAACAUUACAAGAAGCAAGAUUAAAAGUUGCAAUGGAAGAUCUUGCUGGUGCUGAGAGAGAAUUAUCAGAAAGAGAAAUGGCAUUACAAGCUGUUAAAGAACAAUAUGAUGCUGCUGUUUUUGAAAAACAAAGAUUAAUGGAUGCAGCAAAUGUUUGUUUAAGAAAAAUGACUGCAGCAACAGCAUUAAUUAAUGGUUUAGGUGGUGAAAAAAUACGUUGGACUGAACAAAGUGGUGAAUUUAAAAUACAACUUGGUAAACUUGUUGGUGAUGUAUUAUUAGCAACUGGAUUUUUAUCAUAUUGUGGACCAUAUAAUCAACAAUUUCGUGCUGGUUUAGUUGAUUCAUGGAUGAAUAUAUUAACAACAAGAAAAAUUCCAUUUACAAAAAAUUUAAAUAUCAUAAAUAUGCUUGUUGAUUCAGCAACUGUUUCUGAAUGGACACUACAAGGUCUUCCAAAUGAUGAUUUAUCUGUACAAAAUGCAUUAAUUGUUACAAAAUCAUCGUCUUAUCCACUUCUUGUUGAUCCACAAAAUCAAGGAAAAAUGUGGAUUAAACAUAAAGAAAUAAAUAAUGAACUUCAAAUAACAUCACUUAAUCAUAAAUAUUUUAGAACACAUUUAGAAGAUUCUCUAUCACUUGGUAGACCAUUAUUAAUUGAAGAUAUUGAUGAAGAACUUGAUCCAGUUAUUGAUAAUGUGCUAGAAAAAAAUUUCAUAAAAUCAGGCUCAAUUGAAAAGGUCAUUGUUGGUGAUAAAGAGUGUGAUGUUAUGCCAGGUUUUAUGCUUUAUAUAACAACAAAAUUACCAAAUCCAGCAUACAGCCCAGAGAUAUCAGCUAAAACAUCAAUAAUUGAUUUUACAGUAACAAUGCAAGGCUUGGAAGAUCAAUUACUAGGUCGUGUUAUUCUCAUGGAAAAAUCUGAUCUUGAAGCUGAACGUGUUGCAUUAUUUGAAUCUGUUAUGACAAAUCAACGAUCAAUGAAAGAACUUGAAAGUACAUUAUUACAUAGAUUAACAUCAUCUGAAGGUUCACUUGUUGAUGAUGAAGCACUUAUUGGUGUAUUACGUGAAACAAAAUCAACAGCUGAAUCAGUUAAUGAAAAAUUACAAGUAUCAGCAUUAACAGAAAAAAAAAUAACAAUUGCACGUGAAGAAUUUCGUGCUGUUGCUGCACGUGGUUCAAUAUUAUAUUUUUUAAUUGUUGAAAUGAGUAAUGUUAAUGUUAUGUAUCAAAAUUCUUUAAAACAAUUUUUAACAAUAUUUGAUAAUUCAAUAACAAAAUCAACAAAAAGUCCAAUAACAAGUGAAAGAAUUGACAUAAUAUUAAAUCAUUUAACAUAUGAAGUAUGGGGUUUUACAUUGAGAAGUUUAUAUGAACGACAUAAAUCAUUAUUUACCUUAAUGUUAGCUAUGAAAAUUGAUUGUCAUCGUGAUGCAAUAUCACAUACUGAAUUUAUGGCAUUUAUAAAAGGUGGAGCAUCACUUGAUUUAAAUGCUGUUGCACCAAAACCAUUUAAAUGGAUACUUGAUAUAACAUGGUUAAAUUUAGUUGAAAUAAGUAAGCUAGAUGUGUUUAAUGAAAUAUUAACAAAAAUUGAAUUUAGUGAACGUGAAUGGCGUUUAUGGUAUGAAAAAGAAAAACCAGAAGAAGAAGAUUUACCAUGUGGUUAUCAAAAAAGUCUUGAUGUAUUUAGAAAAUUAUUAUUAAUACGUUCAUGGAGUCCUGAUCGUACAUUAUCACAAGCUAAAAAAUAUAUAAUUGAUUCACUUGGUAAAGAAUAUGGUGAAGCUAAAAUUCUUGAUCUUGAUGCAACAUGGAAUGAAUCAGAAUCACGUAGUCCAUUAAUUUGUAUAUUAUCAAUUGGUUCAGAUCCAAGUCCACAAAUAACAACACUUGCUAAAUUAAAAACAACACAAUUACGUGCUGUAUCAAUGGGACAAGGACAAGAAUUACAUGCAAGAAAAUUAAUAAAUGAUGCAAUGAAUAAUGGUGGUUGGGUAUUAUUACAAAAUGUACAUUUAUCAUUGCCAUUUUGUACUGAAGCUAUGGAUACAAUUAUUGAAAAAGAUUGUAUACAUGAUUCAUUUAGACUAUGGAUGACAACUGAAGUACAUCCACAAUUUCCAAUUGGUUUAUUACAAAUGGCUAUUAAAUUUACAAAUGAACCACCACAAGGUAUACGUGCAAGUUUAAAAAGAACAUAUCAAAGUGUUACACAAGAUUCAUUGGAUUAUAGUACACAAGGACAAUGGCCACCAUUAUUAUAUGCUGUUGCAUUUCUUCAUACUGUUGUACAAGAAAGAAGAAAAUUUGGUCCACUUGGUUGGAAUAUACCAUAUGAAUUUAAUCAAGCUGAUUUUGCAGCAUCAGUACAAUUUAUACAAAAUCAUUUGGAUGAUAUGGAUCCAAAAAAAGGUGUAUCAUGGCCAACUGUUUGUUAUAUGCUUGGUGAAGUACAAUAUGGUGGUAGAGUUACUGAUGAUUUUGAUAAACGUUUAUUAACAACUUUUACACAUGUUUGGUUUUGUGAUGUAUUAUUAAGACCUGGUUUUGAAUUUUACAAAGGUUACAGAGUACCACAAACAAAAAUUAUUCAAGGAUAUAUGGAAUAUAUUAAUAAUUUACCAGCUGCUGAUACACCAGAAGUAUUUGGUCUUCAUUCAAAUGCUGAUAUAACUUAUCAAAUAAAUACAGCAAAAGGUAUACUUGAUACAAUAUUAAAUGUACAACCAAAAGAAGGUGGUUCACAGGGUGGUGAAACACGUGAAAAUGUUGUUUAUAAAUUAGCUGAUGAUAUGCUUAAAAAAUUACCAAAACAAUAUAAUUCAUUUGAGGUAAAAGAUGCAUUACAAAGAAUGGGUGCAUUAUUACCAAUGAAUAUUUUUUUAAGACAAGAAAUUGAUAGAAUGACAAGAGUUAUUAAAGAAGUACAAUCAACAUUAAGUGAUCUUAAAUUAGCAAUUGAUGGUACAAUUGUUAUGAGUCAAGGUUUAAAAAAAUCACUUGAUGCAAUGUAUGAUGCAAGAAUACCAGAUAAAUGGCAAAAAAUAUCAUGGGAAUCAGCAACACUUGGUUUUUGGUAUACUGAAUUAUUAGAAAGAGAUUCACAAUUUCGUAUUUGGUGUAAUAGUGGUAGACCAAAUGUUUUUUGGAUGACUGGUUUUUUUAAUUGUCAAGGUUUUUUAACAGCAAUGAGACAAGAAGUAACACGUGCACAUAAAGGCUGGGCACUUGAUUCAGUUGUAUUACAAAAUUUAAUAACACGUCAUAAUAAAGAAGACAUUAAAGAACAUGUACAAGAGGGUGUUUAUGUUUAUGGUUUAUUUCUUGAAGGUGCAUCACUUGAUCGUAAAACAUCAAAAUUAGUUGAAAGUAAACCAAAAGUACUUUAUGAACAAAUGCCAGUAAUUUAUAUUUAUGCUAUUAAUACAACUGCUGGUAAAGAUCCAAAAUUAUAUGAAUGUCCAAUUUAUAGAAAACCACAAAGAACUGAUUUAAAAUAUGUUGGUUCAAUUGAUUUUGAAACUGAUCAUAAUCCACGUCAUUGGACACUUCGUGGUGUUGCAUUGUUAUGUGAUAUUAAAUAA